GCCUCUUUUCCAGUCGGCGAUGUGAAGCGGACGGACCAGUCGGCAGCUGCAGCGCAUGCGUCAGAGGCAACAUGGCGGCUGAGGUGGCAGCGGUCUGAGGAUAAAUUCAUCACAAACGGUAAAAACUGAGAGAGACGCAGCGGCGCCAUGGCGGGACACGAAGAGGAGAGCAAGAGCAAAGGUUUCCGGCUGCUGGGGAUCCUGGAUGUCCAGAACACUCCGUGUGCCAGAGACGCCAUCCUGCAUGGGGCUGGGGGCUCAGUAACCGCUGGCCUGUUACACUUUCUGGUCACCAGUCGGGUGAGGAGAUCUUAUCACGUGGGAUUUGCAGGUUUUAUGCUCACCACACUCGGUUCCUGGUUUUACUGCAGAUUGAACAACGCUAAGCUUCGCGUGCAACAGCGAAUGAUCCAGGACGGCAUCAAGAACAAGAUCGUGUAUGAAGGGACCGAUAUAGACCCCGCAAGGAAACAUGGAGCACAAACACCUCCAGGACCCUCGUGAGCCCCCAAGCCAACCCCCCUGUAAAGGUUGGGAGGAGAAGAGAGGACGCUGUCAGGGUCCUACAAAGACUCUAUCCAUUUAUUUGUUCCUUUUUUUUUAAAGAUGGACAUAAACUGCAUACAAACGACGGGAGAAAUUGAAAUACCAACAUUUUGUUUUUGUUUGUUUGUCCAGACUUCCAAAUAUCGACCUCUCGACUGAAAAUUGUACUCACUGAAUCUUAAAUCAUGUUUAAAUUAAAUAUUUUCCACCCCACUGUCCGCCAGAUGAAAUCUUACUCGCCGAAACAAAUGACGUGCUGUAAUUUCAGUGACUUCUUUCUCUUUUCUGCACGCCAACCAGCCACUAAAGAGUCUGAGUCAAUCCACACAGAAAGGGGUCGACACGCAGUGAGACAGACAGAGACAAACACAUAGACAGACAGACACACACACACACAUUGGUGAUACACCAAGAUGACCAGUUUUCUGUUGUUUAAUUCAUCUCAGGCCCUGAAUGUUUCAUUCGGUAUUUAAAAGACGGAUUGUGAUGAAAAUAAAUCGUGUAUCUGAUGUGA